AGAGAGAGAGAGAGAGAGAGAGAGAUAGAAAGAGUGAAAGCACAUGCACUCCCUAUAAUGGUCGGUUAAAAGUGGACACGUUCACCUUCGUCCUCACAAAAGUGAAUAUAAAGUCAUUUUAAUCUUCUCUACCAGGAUUAUUAUGUUUCUACUGUGUCAUUCUGAAGAGUUUUGUCUCCCGAACACGUGUUGAAGACUCAGAGACAUGUUGCUCAGUACUCUAUCUGGGUUAGCAUUGCUGCCCUUGCGCCUAAUAAUGAGGGUUCCCUGCAACCACAGCCUGUCCUGAAUGUGUGCAGCAGCCAACUAUAUACUCCCACUGAGGAGACAAAGUGAGGGCUUGGCGAAUCCGGGCAGGCUGUGUGGGGGGGUGUCGAUGCCCGCCCAUGCCCCUGGAGCCCGGUCACGUGGAGCACCCCACGACCCAGAGAUGGACCUAGCCUGGCAGGAACUGAUGGCCAUCACAGAGCUUCAGGAGUUUGAGGUCCCCCAUGAUGGCCCAUAUGAAACUAUUCAGUACCAUCCCACAGAGCCACCUAUAUCUCUGGGAGGUUAUAGCAUGGCUCAGUCUCAUACACAGCCUCUCCCCUGUUGUGUCGAGACAAACCGUGAUGUUGCAUAUGAGGGAACCUACUCUGAAGUAAUGCCAGCCUGCCAGCAUCAGGCUACCAGUGAAUUAACUGAGGCACUGUACAGACAUUCUGGAACUCAUUCUGGAGCCCAGCUGAAUCCCAGAGUUCUGAACCCUCUGCCACCACCGCAGAUGAAUUUUCUAGAACAUAUGAGUCUGAUGAGUGUCGGUGGUGAGGGGUCUGUUGGAAAAGACAAUGCUGGCCUCUCUCAGGGUUCGAGUCGACACAUGCUAGGGACUGAUCACAGGCAGGGCAAACACCAACCAUGCACUGUGGAUGAUCUGGAGUCUGACUCGGGCCUAUCGCUGGGGUCUAGCCCACCGCUGGCCUCACCGGAUGAUGUCAUGACCGGUGUACCUGCUUGUUCAAGCACAGAGGUUGGUCUGAACUAUAGUCACAGGGGGAUGGAGAGUAUGGGUGAGCAAGGUAGGAGAGCUAGCCUCCUUUACUCCUUGGAUUAUCAGCAGCAUCCUACCCAGUCCUACCCCUACUCAGGGCCGCACCCCUCUUACUUCCCUGUAACACAACCAUCCCAAAUGCAACCACAGCCUCACUUCCUGCCUCCCAUGUCAAUGAAACAUCAACAGGGUUUACCGAGUGCAUUGAAUGACUUGCACCUUAACAGCUCUGUCAGCAUAGGGAGCUCUUCUCAAGCGUUUUAUGUAAAACCCAGAGGCAACCCUCCUCCUGUCCCUCUGAGYCGGGACGAACGCAGAGCUCACGCCCUCAAGAUCCCUUUCCCUCUGGAGAAGAUCAUCAACCUACCCGUGGACGACUUCAACGAGCUCCUGACCAAGUACACGCUCACGGACGCCCAGCUCGCCCUCGUCAGAGACAUCCGCCGGCGGGGGAAGAACAAGGUGGCGGCUCAGAACUGCAGGAAGAGGAAGCUGGAGAAUAUAGUUUACCUGGAGGGAGAGCUGGGUCAGCUGCAGGCCCAGAGGGAUCACCUGGCCAGAGAGAGAAUGGAGUUCCAACACAACCUAGCUAUUGUUAAACACCGCCUCACAGACUUGUAUGCGGAAGUGUUCUCUCAGCUCCGGGAUGAGGAUGGACAUCCCUACUCUAUAGAGGACUACUCUCUACAGCAGACCCCUGAUGGGAACGUAUACCUGGUGCCACGUACUGACGUGUUGGAUGGAGAAUAAUGUAAAGAUGAAAUCUAUUGGAUAGCUAUUGUAUACUGCCUCACUGUUUAUAUACCAUUAUGAAAUGUUGAUACAUCUACAGUACAGUAAGAGCCAUUAAGUAUAAUGAACAAAAAUAUAAAACGCAACAACUUCAAAUAGUUACAGUUCAUAUAAGUUAUUGAAGUAAAUCAGUUAGGCCCUAAUCUAUGGAUUUCACGACUGGGAAUAGAUAGGCAUCUGUAUGUCACAAAUACCUUUAAAAUAAAAAAUAAAAAAUGUGCCUUAGUAUCUCACCACGGUAUCACUGUGCAUUCAAACCGCCAUCUAUAAAAUGCAAUUGUGUUCAUUGUCCUUAGCUUAUGCCUGCCCAUAACCCCACUAUGGUGCACUCUGUUGACAUCAGCAAACCACUCGCCCACACACGUUGUCUUGAGGCAGGUUGGGCGUACUUCCAAAUUCUCCAAAACGACAUUGGAUGCAGUUUAUGGUAGAGAAAUUAGCAUGGUGGACAUUCCUGCCUUCAGCAUGCCAAUUGCACUCUCCUUCAAAACUUGAGUGGCAUUGUGUUGUGGUUCAAAACUGCACACUUGAGUUGCUUUCUUUUGUCCCCCGUCAGGUGCACCUGUGUAAUGAUCAUGCUGUUUAAUCAGCUUCUUGAUAUGCAACACCUGAGUUGGAAGGAUUAUC